AUGAGUUCAGGGAACGACUCCCAAAUCAGCACUCCAGGAAAGCUGAGCCUCUAUGCCUCUGUGACAUGGUCCCACUCGGAGGACAUUGUCCGGAUCCAGUUCUUCCCCACCCAAUCUCGGGGCGUGAUGGACCACAGGGAGAAGUCGUGGAAAGGGAGCAGCCGGCCUGCCUCGGGACGAUUCCUGACCGUCAGCCGAGAUGGAAUCUUGCAUUACUGGAGCGACGCCUUUAAGAUGCUCCGGACUGUAUAUCUGGACCAGACUAAGCGACGUCACAGUUUGAAGCUCUGGGUGAUUGACAUGUUGUGCCUGCCGAACCUUAACCUUUUGGCGGUUUCCACCACAGACCAGGAUAUUGAGUUCUUUGACAUUGGAGGCAGCAAAUGCGACCGGCUCUUUUCCUUGGUCGAUCUGGACGGAUGCGCCACCGCCAUGGACUACUGGACAGAUGGGUGCAAAGGGGUUUUCUGCGUCGGAGACCUGAAGGGCAACGUCCUGAUUUUCACCUCCACCGAUGUGGUCACCAACGGCCUCUUCAACAUCCGUAGCUUCAUAGGAGGAUUAGCCAGGGUGCCUGUCCAUCUCCUGAUGAAGGGAAAGACCCUCCUCUACCGGAAUUUCACCGUAUCGGCUGUGCACGGAGACUGGUGUCAACAGGUCAUGUACAUUCCCCAGCUCAAUUUGGUUGCUUCCUGCACACCGGCUGAGAAGUCUGCCAUGGCUCUGACUUCGCUCCCUCUGCACAACAUCGGAAAAAUCCAGUCGGCGUUGAUUGUCCUGCGGAAGGGGAUUCUGUGCUUUGACUACUCUCCCGAAAUGAACAUUGUGGUCACAGGGGGCUAUGAUCCCCUGAUCCGGAUCUGGAAUCCGUAUGUCACCAACAGUCCCAUCACUCACCUCAAGGGCCACUUGACAGCUGUCACUCACCUCAUGAUCAAUCGGCAGAAGAAAACCAUCAUCAGUAUCUCCAAAGACAAGAAUAUCCGCGUCUGGGAUCUACUGGAUCACUUCUGCCUGCAGUCGAUCCACGGGCGGAACGUCCCGCUGGGCAACUGCCCCAUCUCCUCCGUUUACUACCACCGGCAUCAAAAUAUCUUGAUCUGCGCCACUUACAAGAUUGGGUUAUUCUUUGGUGCUGAAUUCACUGAGGCGGAAAUGAAGACCCAGGAGCCUCUGCUGUGUUGUGCCCUCUACAACAAGAUCUUCAAACAGGCAGUCAGCGGCUAUUACAACGGGCUGGUCACUGUUUCGGAUGUCAUGACCGGGCAGAAGAUUAUGGAGUUUUCCACCACCUCAGACCAAGCCCUGGAGAUGACCGGCAUGAUCUUUGAUCCACCAGAACGGCGACUCAUCACCGCCCUGAAAAACGGGAUGAUCAAACUGUGGAACUUCAACAAUGGGGCUUGCCUGAUGGAGAUUCCCAUUGAGGAGAAGACAGAGGUGGGUGGAAGGAACCAAGUUGGUCUAGUAUGA